AUGUACUGGGGAAUCAGCCCUGCAUUGGAUUUGCAGCAGGAGUAUAUUAAACACGGCGACAGAAAUGCAUAUGAACUUAAUUUUCUCGUUAUCGGAGGCUGCGAUGCGAGGCACCUUAUCAAAACACUGGCGCAAGCGUACCGGCACAAGAGAAGGUACAUGAAUCUGUUUGUUGUCGAUGGUUGUCCUGAACUCAUUGCACGUCAACUCCUUCUUCUAUCCUUGGCGUUGGAACGAACGACACGAUGCGGCUUACUGGAAAAAACGAGGCGCUUCCUGGAAGUUUAUGGCAAUCUCUUACUUCGACCAACAACCUCUCGGUAUCUAAACGGAAAAGCUCGACAAUUGGUUGAAAUUAUCACUAACCCAGAAUACAUGAGCUGUCUUAUACCUACCGUGUCUAUAGACCAGAUGAAGUACCGAGAACGCGAUUAUAUGGAGAACCUUUUUAACUUCUGGACCACAGGUAACACCAACCAAUUUAACGCCUGUGAACUUUGGGAGCACCGCCUACGUCAUAGCCUCGGCGUCAGAUACGACAACAGAGCAGGAGUCUUCGAUUGGGACUAUCACAUGCGUAUGAAGGAGGUUGCCAGCCAAAUUUGUUUCCAGGAAUAUAAGCAUUUUAGAGAGCAUGGUAUUGCUUACACUUGGUUGGAGACGGAAGUUUGCAGACCGAACGUAAGUUUUGCUGCAGGCGUUUACAAAUGCGGUGACAGAUACUUGCAUAGGGGAUAUCUUGGAGAUAUGGUGAGCUCACCGUACUUGGCGUAUGGACUAGACUGUGAAGACAAAGACAUGUUGAAAUCGACUCAUGGCGUCAACUACCAACGUGCCACAGAUAUUUCCGAACGUAAUUUACUGAGGAUGUUUUAUGAGUUGGAGAACCGACAGGCGUUUGAUGUUAAUGCCUUUAACUUGGAUAAUCAUCAGAACCUGGGAAUGGUGAGGUUGAGUCAACUUGACGCGAAGAUUUCUGAGAGUGGCCAAGAAGCUCCGUUGAUUUUGCGAGAGGAUCGCGACACGUAUAUUGAAGUGGAUUUUGGUAAAGUUCAUUUUCUGUCGCUCUCUGCAUUGGAACAUUACCCGCACAAGCCGCACUUUCAGGGACUCUUCCACGGUGUGUUUGUUGGCCACAACAUGUUCUCCCGCUUGAAGCCUAGUGUAUGGUCGAUGGCCCGUGAUGAUGCCGUAGUUCUGAUGGAGUCUCGCAAGUAUAUGGUUGGGUUGAAGCGAGAAGAUGUGAAGUCAUACGGCGAGCUGAUUCAACAAGCGGCAACGACAGCGCAGUGCGAUAGAAUUACAACUUUUAAUCCAGAAAAAGAUGAUUUUGCCAAAUUUAUUAUAAGGAGAAAAAGCGAGAGCACUGAUAUAUCACUAUAA